ACCUGGGAAGAUAAGUUCAACAUGGGGUGACGAUACUGUCGUAAGUUUGGCACUUAAUGGACAGUUGGGAACAGGGCAAUGCGCGAUAACCAAGGAGAUGGAUCUUACCAAGUGGCUGCAAGUCGACCUGGAGAUGACCUUCUCUAUAGACACUGUCAGGAUCCUCAACAGAGGCGGUGGAUACACCAAUAGACUAACUAACUUUACUGUAUACGUUUACGAAGAAGAUCCCACUGAAUUUCCAUCUGCAAACAGGAAGUGGUGUAAGCAUUAUCCUGGAACUGUGGGUGCUGCUCAGUGGGCGGAGUUGUCAUGUGAGAGUCACGUGAUUGGAAGAUACGUCAGAGUCAGCAAAUACAACAUAAACCUAAACCAUCUACUAGAGAUCUGUGAACUGGAGGUGUACGGCAAGAGAGCCACAGGUGUUCAAUUCAGACGUUCACCCAACUCGAGGAUAUCGAACCCAGUGUUAUCGAAAAACUCAGUAGCCACGUCGAUAAGAUGUAUGUCUUUGUGUUAUGCUGAAUCACUCUGCUAUGGCACCAACUUCAAACAGUCGACUGGCAUUAGCACCCCCAAUUGUGAACUGGUUUCUAACAGUCUGGCCAAUCAGAUUGAAGAAAACGGAGCUGGUUGGGAUGCGUAUGUGGUCAAUUCGACAGGAUUGCGAGACGGCCCGAAAUGUUUUAGGUAGAUCUACACACGGUCAGCCGAUCGCUGUCACUCACCAGACAUUGUUUUUGUUUUUGCACCGAACGGUAGAUGGACGUGGAGUGAUAGAAGACAAUGGUACCAGUGUUCACUGGUGGGCAGGAUGAUUUAAAUCACAGUUAAUGUUCGUUUAUUAUAUUUGAUAUUCGUUUGAGACAUUUUUAAACAUAAUAUUGAAAGCUAGAUCAAAUUUUACUUCAAGAUUCUCCAUAGUUUGCAUGCAAAUAAUAAUACUGAUGAAGAGUAAAACUUAAGCAAACAAACUUUAAUUUCAGAAGUGUUCACUAAAAUGUCAAAUAUUUUUGAGAAAGUGUUAAGGGGGAUAAUUGGGUUAUACAAAUGAAUAUUAUAAAGAUUACCAGAGUUAUCUCUAUCUUAAAAGUACAAUUGAGGAACAGCUGGGUCUCACUACAUAAUUCACUUCGACUUUAGUUCCUAAUCCAAAUCGUGACAUAUGUUGUGGUUCACAUAGUCGCUUCUAAAGCUAGUAUAUUGGGGAAAAUCUAAAAUAUUUUUAUUCUUAUUUUUAUAAAGACGAGACGUAACUGGCAACCAUUCUUGUACUGGUGGUCACUCAGUUGAAGAUACUGACCUUUGUUUAUUAGUUGUCGUUGUUGUUAUUUAACGUUUUUCUCCAAUAUGCAGUGUAGUUCGUAAUAUCAGUUUACCCAAUCAUUAUAAACAUAGUUGUCAAAACAUUAGCCAUACUUUAUUAUUAGGUGGAUAGAAAUACAAAUUUCUGACCGGCUUUUGCCAGUCAACAUUGUCAAACUUUUGGCAAUCGUUUCGAAAUCAGUUUUAAAAUUCAUCAUAUAAACUGUUUUCUUUUAUUUUCUUUCUUUCUUUCUGUAGAUCAUUCUUGUUAGCCAAAGUUGAAAUAGUUUUACUACUAUCGCUUCGUCAUCUUGAUUUACAAAACGUAUAUCUUUUAAUGUUGAUAUAGGCAUUUAGCUGUUGCUAGUCCUAAACCGCUGUAUUCGAUUGUGGAAAUAAAUAUUGUUUAAAAACCAA